AUGCCCAAUCUAUUGUCAAGAAACCCCUUCCACGGUCAUCACAGCGAUCACCAUCAUGAUCGUGAUAAUUCGUCCUCUAACAACCCGCCGCAGUUGAUUAGAAGCUCUAAAUCUUUCUUAAACUUCAUUGGUAGAAAGCAGAGUAAUGACUCAUUAAGAAGCGAGAAAUCUACAGAUUCAAUGAAAUCUACCACAACUACCACCAACUACACCACAUCAAACAUCAACAACAACUCCCAUAGCCAUACCAACACAACAACAAUUUCCACAAACAAUAAUAAUAACAAUAACAAUAACGAAACACACCACCAUCAUAAUGUCUCUCACGCACUCCAUGACUACACUUCUCCAGCAUCACCGAAACAAACUCACUCCAUGGCCGAAUUGAAAAGAUUUUUUAGACCCUCUGUAAAUAAAAAACUAUCUAUGUCCCAACUGCGUUCAAAAAAAAAUAGCACUCAUUCUCCACCGCCAUCAAAAUCGACUUCUACAGUCAACUUAAAUAACCACUAUCGCGCUCAGCACCCCCACGGUUUUACGGACCAUUACGCCCAUACUCAAUCUGCUAUACCGCCGAGCUCAGAUUCCAUCCUGUCUCUGUCAAAUAAUAUCAACAUCUAUCAUGAUGAUUGUAUCUUGGCCCAGAAGUACGGGAAAUUGGGUAAGCUACUGGGUUCCGGUGCAGGUGGGUCCGUUAAAGUUCUUGUGAGACCUACUGACGGUGCCACUUUUGCCGUUAAGGAAUUUAGACCAAGAAAACCAAAUGAAAGUGUCAAAGAUUAUGCCAAGAAAUGUACCGCGGAAUUUUGCAUAGGUUCCACGCUACACCAUCCAAACGUUAUCGAAACAGUCGACGUUUUCUCUGAUUCCAAACAAAACAAAUAUUAUGAAGUUAUGGAGUACUGUCCGAUUGAUUUCUUUGCAGUUGUCAUGACGGGUAAAAUGUCUCGUGGUGAGAUCAAUUGUUGUUUAAAGCAACUGACCGAAGGUGUGAAGUAUUUACAUUCUAUGGGGCUAGCACACAGAGAUUUGAAACUAGACAAUUGUGUCAUGACUUCUCAGGGGAUUUUGAAGUUGAUCGAUUUUGGUAGUGCUGUUGUAUUUAGAUAUCCUUUUGAAGAUGGCGUAACUAUGGCCCACGGGAUCGUGGGUAGUGAUCCUUAUUUGGCGCCUGAAGUAAUCACUUCUACGAAAUCAUAUGAUCCUCAAUGCGUCGACAUAUGGUCUAUUGGGAUCAUAUAUUGUUGUAUGAUGCUGAAAAGGUUCCCAUGGAAAGCUCCCAGAGAUUCCGAUGACAAUUUCAAAUUGUACUGUAUGCCGGAUGAUAUAGACCAUGAUUAUUCGGAAUCAGCCAAACAUCAUGAAGAGUUAUUAAAGGAAAGAAAGGAGAAGCGCCAAAGGUUUUUGAACCACAAUGACUGUUCCAGUAUCAGUCAACAGCCACCAAUCCAUGAAUCGGAUUCAAAGCCGGUUCAAAAUCAAAUCCCAACCCCAACACCUACACAAGAUAAUAAGAACAGUAAUAAACCUGAGAUUGUGAUUGAACCAGAAGCCGGACAAAAAGAAGCCGAGGACAAUGAUAACGAUGACAGCAAUAAUGAUAAGGAAAGUACGCCAGCUAACGACAAAGCAAGCACUAAAAUUAAUGUUAUUGCGGACGGAAAUGAUAAUGAUGGUACACAAGCUCCAGUAGACGCCGACGUUAACGCCAAUGUGAACAAGAAUGUUAAUGCAGAUAAAGCUCCUCAUGGACAACAACAGCACCACGACAGACGCCAUAGUAAUUCUCCGGACAAUAAAUUGAUGCAACAACAUAAAGGUCCUCAUCAUAAAAAGAUCAUUCACGGCCCAUACCGUUUGUUACGUCUAUUGCCACAUGCUUCAAGACCUAUUAUGUCUCGUAUUCUGCAAGUGGAUCCAAAGAAGAGAGCUACCUUAGACGAUAUUUUUAAUGAUGAUUGGUUUGCCUCUAUUGCCGCUUGUACGACGGAUUCUAAAAAUGCAACUAUUAGAGCACCUGGUCACCAUCAUACGUUGGUUAGAGAGGAAAACGCUCAUCUAGAAACCUAUAAGGUUUAA